GGGGCAGGAGUGGCCAGGCCCGAAUCUGGAGCACAUGCGUGGCCCGGUGGCCGUCUCCAUCCACGGGAUGCCCGCAAUUCCCGGCCUCAUUGUCAUGUGCCUCCCCAGUCCCCACCUCUCCAAACCGUCACGUGACCCAUAGUCCGCAGUCCACGUCGCCGCCCACCCCCUCCCCUCAAAUCUGAAAUCCAAUCGACUCAUUAACCCCGGAGCUCGGCAGAGAGAGAGCAUCGGCACGGCGCGGUGGUUGAUUAACCAGAACCAGAAGCCAGCACGUGCGCGCCGGGGCUGGUCCGCCGCCUGGGUCUGCGUACAUAUGCGUCUGUCUGAGCGGGCGCCGCGAAGGAAACUGACGGGGGGCUUUGCUUGGCGUAUAAAGCGUCUCGCGAGCGCCUACCGGCAGCCAUAGCUGGUGAGUAGUAGUAGUAUACUGGAGGAGGAGGAGGAGGAGGAGAGGGAGAAGACGAAGCGAAGCCAGGGCAAGGUCGUCGGAGCCGGAGAGGGAGGAAGGUGGAGAACCUCUACCUGCGUCACGUGACAACUGUCUCCUGACCCACAGGAGCGGCGGACUCCCUCUGCUCGCCGCGCGCGGCCUGUUCCGGUUCGGUCGGCGGCCGACGGCCGGCGGCGGAGGCAGCAGGAAGCUACUGUACCAACCGGCCCAAGAGAAUUGCGGGUCCAGAGGCAGUGAUGGCGGGGCGCUACGAUUGACGUGCUACGAUUAUGGGCAUCCAAGGGAACAAGGCGGCGACGCACGAGCACGACUUCCUCUCGCUGUACGCCGCCGCCGCCGCCAAGGACGCUCCUCUCCUGCUACACGACUCCAAGGCGCCGCCUCCUUCUCAAGGUAAUUUCCUCUUGAAGACGCACGACUUCCUGCAGCCGUUGGAUCAGAAGCCGGGAGCGCCGCCGGAGCCGUCGCCGCUGCCCGCUUCCGCCGCGGAGAGCAGGCACCAGCCGCAGCAGCAGGUCGUCGUCGCGAACCAGCACGCGCUGCCCCUGCCCGGCGGCGUCGGCACCUUCAGCAUCAGCCCCGCGCCCGUGUCCGUCGCGCUGCCGGCGGCCGUCGUCAAGUCGGAGCCGCCGUUCGUGCUCUGGGGCCAGCCUGCCGCGACGCUCCAUCCGGGCGCGCGAGGGCACCAGCAGCAGUGGGCGCUCCCCUUCGCCGGCGCCGGGCAGGUCAGGCUGCCGCCGCAGCAGGCGCCUCCGGAUAGAAAGGGCCGGGGCGGCGCCGGUGGCGGCGUCAUGGAGUCUGGCUCCAGAUCCAGCGGCGGGGCGGGGUUCGACGACGACGACGGCCUCACGACGCGCCGCGAGGUCUCCUCUUCGCUCCAAGAUUUGACAGUAAGGGUGGACCGGAAGGGUGGGAGCUGCAGCGAUGGUGGUACGGAUCAGCGGCCAAACACACCGCGGUCAAAACACUCGGCCACAGAGCAGCGCAGACGCAGCAAGAUCAAUGAUAGGUUUCAGAUACUUAGGGAGCUGUUGCCACACAGUGAUCAAAAGAGAGACAAAGCAACAUUUCUCUUGGAGGUUAUUGAAUAUAUACGGUUUUUGCAAGAGAAGGUGCAAAAAUAUGAGGCAACAUUUCCAGAAUGGAACCAAGAAAAUGCAAAGAUGCUUCCAUGGUCAAAUAUGUAUUUUCGAUCAUUCUGGAAAAAUGCACAGAGUAAAGGCCAAAUCUCAGGAGAUUCCCCGCCUGACCCUUCACAUUUCAUGAGAAAUGGAUCCUCCCCUGGAUCUAAUUUCACUGGGAAACUUGAUGAUAAUCACAACAUAGUGACAUCUGCAGCUGCAUCAGGGGCACAGGAUCAGGUAGAAACCGACCACAUGGCUAGCGGAUGCUACAGAUCAGCAGAAACUACGGCGAAUUUUACAAAUAAUGCUAUGUCUCAGUCCCAACCUCAAUGGACUGGUCCGUCCCCUGUGGAUGACUCUGCAGUGAACAGUGAGACGCUUAACAACCAGCAGUUGGUGAUUGAUGAAGGAACAAUCAGAGUGUCCAGUAACUAUUCCCAAGAGUUGCUUAACUCGUUGACUCAUGCCCUUCAAAGCUCAGGUGUAGAUUUGUCCCAAGCCAACAUCUCUGUGCAGAUCAACAUGGGAAAGCGUGCCGCCAAGAGACCCGCUGCUGGUGUAUCCAGCAACUCCAAGGAACCAGCUGAUCCGGCAUCUAGCAACGAAUUAGGGCAUCAGUUGACGCUGUCGGGUGCCGGUGCCGACUGCCUCUCUCACGCAACAAAGCGGCAUAAACGGAGCAACAGCUGAUGGCCGCUCUCCCUCACCUCGCUCCCCGACCGACGGACGGACGGAUGACGGAUUGGUGACAUUCUUCUUUUCCCUCCCAGCCAACGGGGAGGCUCGUGGAUUGGCUGGCUGGCUGUACAUUGUGUGCUGUGCUUGGUGACAAGCUGAGACCUCCGGCGUAUUCUUUGAUUCGAUCACCCCCGCGCCCGCCAUCCCAUUGUUUACGUAGAGAAGAGGAACCGUGGAGCUUUUCAUCGCGGAUUGUGAAGCCGCUCUUGUACACAGGCUUCCAUUCAAUGUGAGAAGCUUCCCCCUCCUUGACACAUCUCCGUGUUGUAGACCUGUAGCCACCUGUAAGAUAUGUGAUGAUGCCCAACAAUCAACUCUGCCAGACCACUGGCUAGUCGAGUUGUUGGGUUACUUUAUGUACGGUGUUCUGUUAUGCUGGGAGUGUAAUUGCCCCGCCGUCUCAGUGAACUGUUCGUCAGUUG